AUGGAAGAACCACGUAGCUCCAAGGAUGCAGAAUGCAGGGAGGAAGACGUGGAAAACUAAGCGGAUGGCUCGGCGUCUUCUCCUCCUCAUUUUGGCUACUAAACAACUUUUUCGGCCAAUGGGAUUUUGCAAAUCAGGCGGCUCGGUUCCCUACUCUUCUUCUCCAUUCUUUUCUCGGCGGAAAAUAAAGAAAGCUUCAUUUUUUCUGGUGGAAAAUAAAAAGCGUAAGAGAAGCCUGCGGAUUUGGGAGGCUGUGGAGCUUCGGUGAUAAAAAGGAAGAAGAGGGCCACUUAAAAAAAAUCAUCUUGUUGUUUUCUUCUCUCUAUUUUCUCCGGUUUAGCUGCCGCUCUUUAUCGUUCUCUCUCUCUCUCUCUCUCUCUCUCUCUCUCUUCUUGGCCUCUGGGUUUGUUCGAUUCAUUGUGCGUCUAGUUUUGCCGGAAAGAGGGGAGCUUUCUGCAUUUGGGUUUUGAUGGAAAGCAUCUAGCUUUGUUCUUCGCGUGUGAAAGAUCAGAUCUUGGCGUCACAAACCUCUUCAAAUGCUUUCCUGUGCUCGGAGCGGCGAUCCUUGAAGAGUAAAAGAUUGGUUCUUGUCAUUGGAAAUGGUCGCAUGGAGGUUUUCGAGAAGGAGUUUGAUUAGAGGAGGUUCUUCGCCUCCAAGCCCUUGAAGGCCGCCUCAAGCAAAUUAAAGCUUGGGGUAAUUAGCUAGUUGGUGGCGGCAUUUCUAUGGAGGAGGAGGUGGAGGACGACGAGGAUCUUAACCGAUGCCGUGCUGAUGAAAGAUGUUUUGAUCCCAAGUUGAAACCUGCCGGUCAUGUUCAUCAGAAUUCCGGCGAGGUGAGUCUCAGGGAGUGGCUGGACAAGCCCAAGAGACCGGUGGACUUUGUAGAAUGUCUUCAUAUAUUCCGGCAGGUUGUCGAGGCGGUGAACCUCGCACAUUCUCAGGGAGUUGUGGUUAACAACAUUAGGCCAUCUUGCUUUGUCUUGUCAGCACUUAACCGUGUUUCUUUCAUUGAAUCCGCUUCUUGUUCAGACACUUCAUGUGGGGACGAAGAAGGUAGCUAUGCUGCCGGAGCUGCCGUGGCUCCUGGUGAUCAGAUGACUUCAAUGGAGUCUGUGGAGGGAAAGAGAGAAUUGCAUGUGGUGAGUGAGGCUGAUGAGACCAGAGACUUUCCUCUCAAGAAAAUAUUGAGUAUGGAGUUUACUUGGUAUGCGAGCCCUGAAGAAGUCGAAGGAAGGCAAAGCUUAUUUGCCUCUGAUGUUUACAAAUUAGGAGUUCUUCUUUUUGAGUUAUUUUGCAUGUUCGAAACUCUGGAAGAGAAGCUUAGCAAAAUGUCUAACUUGAGAGACCGAGUUCUUCCUCCACAAAUGCUACUCAAGUGGCCUAAGGAGGCUUCCUUUUGCUUGUGGCUUUUGCAUCCACAGCCAAGUAGUAGGCCUACAUUGAGCGAGUUGUUAGAAAGCGAGUUCUUAAACGAAGAACUAGAUAGUUUAGAAGAGCGAGGAGCAGCUAUCAAGUUGAAAGAGGAGAUUGAAGAGUUGGAGUUACUUCUGGAUUUUCUUUUGGGGCUGCAAACAAGAAAGAUAGAAGCUGCUCAUAAGCUUCAUGACACCAUUUGUUUUCUCUGUGCUGAUAUAGAAGAAGUUGAAAAUCAAAGGUCAAGCCUCAUGAAAAAUGGAUGCUCCUUUCUUGGACUUGAGAAAGGUGAUCAUGGAACAGCUCAUAAAUUUGAGUGUCCAUUACCUUGUAAUGAAAUAAAUGAAGAUUCAUUUUCUUCGGGCUCUCGAAAGCGCAUCAGGCCUGGACACAAGGAUUUUAUGGAAGAAAAGUUCAAUGAGAAUCAUCUUGAUGUUCCCAGACCAGAUACUAACCAAGAGACCCAUGAGAAAAUAUCAUCAAAGAGCUCUCGAAUCUUGAAAAACUUUAGCAGGCUGGAGGAAGCUUAUUUUUCAUCAAGAUACAAAACUAUGAGGCCAAUAGGCCAACGUUUUAGUAGUAAAAUGCUAAUUAGUAAUCCUAGUAGUGGAUCAACUGUGAGAACUGAUGGGAGUUCUGCUGAUUAUUUAGCCUCUAAGAAAGGCAAUGGUGGCAGUAAAAUGAGUGAUUUGGUAAAUCCUUUCCUGAACGGUUUGUGCAAGUACUUAUCUUUCAGCAAAUUUAAAGUUCGUGCAGAAGUUAAACAAGGAGACCUGCUAAACUCCAGUAAUUUGAUUUGCUCCCUUUCUUUCGACCGGGAUAAAGAAUUUUUUGCUACUGCUGGUGUAAAUAGGAAGAUCAAAGUUUUUGAAUGUGAUGCAAUAUUAAAUGAAGAACACAAUAUUCAUUAUCCUGUGGCUGAGAUGACUAGUAGAUCAAAACUCAGCAAUGUUUGCUGGAAUGGCUACAUAAAGAGCCAGAUUGCUUCAAGUGACUUCGAAGGGGUUGUGCAGGUAUGGGAUGUCUCUCGAAGUGAAGUCCUUGUUGAAAUGAGGGAACAUGAGAAGCGUGUGUGGUCGGUUAACUAUUCCCCAAUUGACCCAACAAAGUUAGCUAGUGGAAGUGAUGAUGGGACUGUGAAGCUAUGGAAUAUCAAUCAGGGAGGAAGCACUGGAACUAUCAUAACAAAGGCAAAUGUAUGUUCUGUGCAAUUUCCACCAGAUUCGGCUAAUUUACUUGCUAUUGGUUCAGCAGAUCAUAAUGUGUACUACUAUGAUCUACGAAAUGUACGGCUUCCUUUAUUGACAUUGGCUGCUCAUGCAAGGACUGUGAGCUAUGUGAAGUUUAUUGAUUCAUCCACCCUUGUAUCUUCAUCGACAGACAACUCUUUGAAGCUUUGGGACCUUACUGUGAGUUCAUCAGGGGUCAUUGAAAGACCCGUUCACUCAUUCACUGGGCAUACAAAUGUGAAGAAUUUUGUUGGUCUGUCCGUUUCUGAUGGUUAUAUUGCUACAGGCUCAGAAACAAAUGAGAAAUUAUAUCUCUGGGUCCAUUUAGCCCCACUUACAGUGCAGUGUCAUACAUAUGGAUCAUUUUGCCCCACCUAUAAUGGUUUUUGUGUACCACAAAGCCUUCCCCAUGCCUAUGUUAUCCUACAGAUUUGGGAGCAUUGAUCCCAUUUCUGGCCGCGAAGCUGAUGAUUCUAACCAGUUCAUCUCCUGCUUGUGCUGGCGCGGCGAAUCACAUUCUCUCGUUGCCGCGAAUUCGACCGGGAACAUCGAAAUUUUGGAAAUGGUGUAAUUGUUUUUGUUGCAGAGUUACUAGCAGUGAGAAAUUUGUUGUCUGCAUCAUUUGUAUUUUGUUGGUUCCUAAAGAGGUAGGUGAAGCUGAUGAGCUAUUGUAUGAUAUAGUACAGAUAAAUGAUAAAGAAUUGUUUAUAGUCAAAUAUAAAUUCAAUUGGAGGAGUUAUCUAAUC